ACUGAUGUUGAAUUUCAAUAUAUGAUUGAUGUCAUACAGAUAUGUCAAUGCAUUCUUCACUGUUAGAAGAUAAUUUGUGCCAUGAAAGUGCUUAGAAAUCCCAAAUAAUGAUUAUUGUUCCUAAUGUAUGAUAUUAGAUUGCAGAUGCCACACAUGUGGAAGGUGCCAGGGAGGCUAUGGAGGAGGCCACAGACGAGCUCUCCCUCAUGGGCUCCUUCUCCUUUGUGAGGAGCCUCCCGCAUAGGGAUGAGCUGCUGGGGGCAGCCCUCAACUUCUUAACAGAGGGCCGUAUUUUGACUGCUCUGAAUCAAUUCAAAGAAGGGUUGGAGACCUUCGGGAUUCAAGCCCUUUUGAGGUUCCACCAUGAGGAGCUCAAGGGGGUCUUCAUGGACACACCUGAGCCGCUGCUGGCCUCCCGGUUGGAGUCCACAUUCAGCACGUCCUACAUGUCUGAGCCGGGCUCCAAUCGGAGGAGGAAGGAGGCCAGGACCCUUGUAUAUUGGAGGGACUGGCUGAUCGAGGUGGAGGAUGGAGAUACGAGUCUCACCCUGGGGGCGGUUCUGGCGUUUGCCACGGGCCUUCAAAGAAUUCCUGCCGUGGGUUUUCCCAUCCAACCCCGGCUUGAAUUCCUCCAUGAGGAAGAUGGACCGGCCCUUUUCCCCACGGCCAAUACCUGUUCCCUGGUCCUCAGGCUACCGGUGUAUCCCGAGUACACUGGAUUUAAGGAGGCCAUGGAGGAAGGAAUAACCUCCGGUGGGAGUACCUUCGGCGUGGCCUACCGGUAAUUUGGUGCCCAACCCCGUGGAAGGACGCUUGAAGUGCCCCACACACACACACAGGGAAGGACGCUUGAAGUGCCCCCACACACACACACACACACACACAGGGAAGGACGCUUGAAGUGCCCCCACACACACACACACAGGGAAGGACGCUUGGAGUGCCCCCACGCACACACACACACACAGGGAAGGACGCUUGGAGUGCCCCCACACACACACACACAGGGAAGGACGCUUGGAGUGCCCCCCCACACACACACACACAGGGAAGGACGCUUGGAGUGCCCCCACACACACACACAGGGAAGGACGCUUGGAGUGCCCCCACACACACACACACACACAGGGAAGGACGCUUGAAGUGCCCCCCCCCCCACACACACACACACACACCUAUUUUCCCACUCAUGACCUGCACCUUGACGUGGUGAGUGGGCUUUCCACCAAGCCAGGUCAAACUAUUGUGUUCCAGCCUCACUAUGUUAAAGGUAAACAAAAACAAAUGUCUGACUGCAACAAAGUGCUCUAUCUCUGUAAAGUACAGUGGGGAAUUAGAAAAGUCCUACAUGGUUGAACUGUAUUUUCCAAAUGUUAAAGACAGACUUCUCAGUGA